CAAAUGAGGAGGAUGUUCAGAGUGCUCUUAAAAAUAACAUUCUAGACAAUUUAAAUAUAAUUUCAACUGCAAGACAACCGACCGAAGCAUAUAAGAGAAUUUCAAAAGAGGAUGAUGUCAUUGGUCAUCCGGAUUUUGUUUAUAAACGGGUUGGAAAACUUUUACUAAUCAUUGAAGUAAAGACUUUUUGGGUUUUUAAUAUAAGUAAUGAAGUAUCUCUUAAUGAAAGAUACCAAAAAGACCUAAAAAAAGAAAACAGUGAAAUUAUCACUCUAAACUCCAGCAGAAAAAUUUCAGUUGUAAACGCCAUUCACCAAAUUUUUGGGUAUCUAGUUGCUGAUCAACUACAAUACGGGAUCCUUUCAAAUUAUAAUCAGCAUCGUCUUAAGAAAAUGCCACCAUUACCACUAAAUUUUGACAAUUUAAAUGAUAUAAGUGAUAAUACAUGGGAAUUAGACUCUAAGGAUUUCAACUAA